AUGGCGAAACCCACAAGCCAGUCGGCGGCAGCGCUCGCCGUCCUGAUGCUCGCCGUGGCCACUCUCACCCUCGCCGUCGCCCAGGCGCCACCGCCGCCCCAACGGAGCGGCCAGGAGAUCCACCUGUUCCAGGUGACGGUUCGCCAGGUGGACGGCGCCGCGGAAGACGACUACAACUACAACCUGCUCGGUACCGUGCUCGGCAGCUACGAGGCCGCAUGGGAAGUCAUGUUCGAGACCGAGCCCCUGAGGUUCAGCGCCUACCUCACCAACAACCAGGCCCGCAGACUAUCAAGUGAGUGA